CUCUGCCUGCUAGUAUUUGGGAUAGUGUGGUGGUGUGCGCGCUGCGAGCAGGGUAAACAUUCUCCAGUCCCCGCUCUGUGAGGGAGGGACACACUGAGCUGACACAGACACACAGGGGGGAGGCUGAUCCCCAAAUCCAGACAACUUCCCUGGAGUUAGUGUGUGAAGGAGGGAGCCCAGCUAACAGCCUGACACUGGAAAUACCCCGCCUGGCACUGGAGAUACCCCGCCUGGCACUGGAAGUACCCCGCCUGGCACUGGGAUGAUGUGCAGGACUGUAGUUUGGAGCCGGAGGUGACCGGGCACCCAGCCUGCUCAGGAAGGACAAGUUCAGCCGAUGCAGGAGGGGCAGCGCUACCCCAGCAAGUUUGGGACGGGAGAUCCGGGAAAGUUGUUGAGAGAGCGGUGAGUGCCCGGGGGAGCCGGCCGGUCCCAGUGAGGGAGGCUCGGUCCAGCAGGUGAAGUGAUCGCUGAGUGGAGGCAGGAGGGGGGGCUCACUCACUGGGCUCAUCCUCCAAGGACAAAACUGCAUCUCAAGGGGGAGCCGUACACCGGGUGCGGGGCAGGAGAGCACGAAGCCCCCAGCCUGUGGAUCCCGAGCGGCCGGGGGGAAGCGAUGGCCACAGCGGCUUCUAACCCCUACCUCCCCGGCAACAGCAUCCUGUCCUCGGGCUCCAUCGUGCACUCGGACUCGGGGGGCGGAGGGGGGAUGCAGCCCGGCAGCGCGGCCGUCACCUCGGUGUCAGGAGGCUACCGGGGGGACCCCUCCAUCAAGAUGGUGCAGAGCGACUUCAUGCAGGGGGCCAUGGCGGCCAGCAACGGGGGGCACAUGCUGAGCCACGCCGCCCACCAGUGGGUCACGGCGCUGCCACACGCCGCGGCGGAGGCGGGCUCGCCCUGGUCCAGCAGCCCGGUGGGGAUGACGGGCAGCCCGCAGCACCCGCAGCAGCAGCAGGACGUGAAAGGAGGAGCCGGGAGGGACGAGCUGCACCCGGGGGCCGCCCUGCACCACCGACCGCCUCACCUCGGAGCGCACCAGGGACACCCGGGCGGCUGGGGGGCCAUCCAGUCCAUGGCCAGCGGGGCGCAGCAACAGCAACAACAACAAGCCCUGCUCUACUCCCAGGCCGGGGCUUUCACUGUGAACGGCAUGCUGAGCCCUCCCCCGGGGAGCCAGAGCCUCGUACACCCGGCCCUGGUCAGGGGAGACACGCCGGAGCUGGGGGAGCACCCCGGACACCACCACCAUCACCACCACCAGCACCAGCAGCAUCACCAGCAGCAGCCACAGCAGCACCACGCCGGGGUGAACAGCCACGACCCCCACUCCGACGAGGACACCCCGACCUCGGAUGACCUGGAGCAGUUCGCCAAGCAGUUCAAGCAGCGGAGGAUAAAGCUGGGCUUCACCCAGGCGGACGUGGGCCUGGCCCUGGGGACCCUGUACGGCAAUGUCUUCUCCCAGACCACCAUCUGCAGGUUCGAGGCGCUGCAGCUCAGCUUCAAGAACAUGUGCAAGCUGAAACCCCUGCUCAACAAGUGGCUGGAGGAGGCCGACUCGUCCACGGGGAGCCCCACCAGCAUAGACAAGAUAGCCGCCCAGGGCAGGAAGAGGAAGAAGAGGACCUCCAUCGAGGUGAGCGUCAAGGGGGCCCUGGAGAGCCACUUCCUCAAAUGUCCCAAACCCUCAGCUCAGGAGAUCACCAACCUGGCGGACAGUCUGCAGCUGGAGAAGGAGGUGGUCAGGGUCUGGUUCUGCAACCGGAGGCAGAAGGAGAAGAGGAUGACCCCACCGGGGAUCCAGCAACAGACGCCGGAUGAUGUCUACUCCCAGGUGGGUACAGUGGGAGCUGACACGCCGCCCCCUCACCACGGGAUGCAGACUAGUGUGCAAUGACUGGAGUGGGCGCCCAGCAGCUGUCUGACCAGGGAAGACACGGGAGGACCUCAUCACUCACAGCCACACUCACCUAGACUGCUGGUUUUUUAUAAAUAGCUCUAUAAAUACAGAUACAAACCUCCAGAGAGAAAGAGAGAGAGAGUCACAUCCACAGAAAGAGAGCAAAUGUGUAGGUACUGCUGAGGCACAAGGGUGGAGAUGCAGAAUGCACCAAAAAAAAAAAAACUGCAGAUGUUCCUUUUUAAUAUAUAUAUUAUAUUUUUAAUAUUGUUUUUAUUUGCCUUAUGACGUCCACCCAGUUACAUCUAUGGAUUUCCCCACUGUCAAUUUUUUACCCUCUUUUGCUCCCAAGACCAUGCAAUAUGUUUUGCUCAACACAAGACAAA